CCUGACACUUCAAGUGCUUGUUCAGAAGACCGGACCCUUGGUCGAUUGCAAAUCAGUUACCAAGUCUAUUCCUUUAUCAUCUGUUGAUUCUGGCUCUUCAAUUUCUAGUUUAGGAUCAAUCAACAUUGGGGAAUCUCUGCCUGAUGCCUCCAAGUUAAAAAUAACUGAUGUGCACAGUGAGACUGGGCUACCUUUGAGGCAGGGUGAUCCUGGUGAAUACUUGCUGAGCAAGAAUCCCACUCUUGGCCAUAAAACAGAGGAAGCAGAGAAGCCAGAAUUGGUUCGUCCAUUUGACAUUUGCCGUCCAAAAAAUUCUCAGUCGGUUGUUUUGAAACCUUCUUUACUUGAACGUAAUAGAGAAAAGCGGAACGAAACCAAACGCAAUAUGGGUAAGACAAGUAGGACUGUUUUAAGGCCUGGGAUGAUCCUCUUGAAGGGUUACAUUUCAUUAAGUGAUCAGGUCAAAAUAGUUGAAAGAUGCCGGCAGUUAGGGCUCGGUCCUGGGGGAUUCUACCAGCCUGGUUACCGUGAAGGGACAAAAUUGCAUUUGAGGAUGAUGUGCCUGGGUAAAAAUUGGGAUCCUCAGACAAGUCAGUAUGGAGACCACAGGCCAUUUGAUAGAGCAAAGCCACCUAAUAUUCCUGUUGAAUUCCUUGAAAUUACUGAGAAAGCAAUUAGGGAUUCCCAUGUCCUCAUAGGGCAAGAUUCUAAAAGAGUAAAUCCAGAGAAGAUACUUCCAUGGAUGUCACCUGACAUAUGUCUUGUAAAUUUUUACACACAAAGUGGGCAUUUGGGUCUUCAUCAGGACAAGGAUGAAAGUGAAGAAAGUCUUCGUCGAGGCUUGCCGGUGGUUUCCUUCUCCAUUGGAGACUCAGCAGACUUUCUAUUUGGUGACGAGAGAGAUGCUGACAAGGCACAAAAGGUUGUGCUAGAAUCUGGAGAUGUCUUAAUCUUUGGUGGGAAGUCCAGAAAUAUAUUUCAUGGCAUAACUGUUAUUCAUCCAAACACUGCCCCCAGGCUUUUGCGUGAAGAUGCAAAUCUACAACCCGGCAGACUGAAUCUUACUCUAAGACAGUAUUAAAAGAUACUUAUAAUGAUGAUCAGAGUAUUCAAGCUAUCUUGGAAAGUAUGUUGUAAAUUUAAACCAUUUUGGUGUUUCAUAUCUUAAACAAUCCGAGUCCGUUGGUCACUGAAUGCAUGUAAUAUUUCUGGAUAGACAGCAUUGUCUUUUUUUCAUAGAUUGAAAAUUAGAUUAACACUUAGGUUUGCAAAUUUUAAUGGACAAAGUGAUAGUAUUUCGUUUAAGUUCCUGCGAGAUUUUGUGUUUUGCAUUACUUAAGAUAGGAAGAAAGUGUCAUUGGAAAUGACGAUGCUACGCGGCUUUUGUAUUUCAGACGGAUGCCUUUUGAAGAUUGUAACUCAA